GAUCUGGCACUUGUCAACCUCAAGUCCAAAAACCUUUGCCAACAUCGACCAUGGACACCUCCGCGGCCGAUCUCGAGGCGCGUCAGCUUGCCAUCCUCCGCCGCAUCGAGGAGCUCGAGCUCGCCGCCGAGCAGCGCCGCCUCGGGGCGCUUUCCAUCUCCCAUGCCGAGGCGGAGGUGGAGCCGGGGGGCACCGAGGUGCGGCUCUCGGCCACCCUGGCCGCGCGCGGCGUGCGCGACUUCGCCUUCCGGCGCGUCCCCUCUGACUACUACGACCGCUCCCUCGAGGAGCGCCGCGGAAUCCUCGCCGCCGACUCGGUCGCCCAGCUCUGCAAGAGUAUCGUCAUGGUGAAUACCAAAGCUGCUGCUGAUGUAUCUGACUGCACUAACCCGAAGAAUUCUAAAUAUUAUGUUGUCAUUGUUCAGUAUAUGGCACGGCUUAAUGCGGAAACCAUCAAGAACUUCCUGUAUGCCCUAAAUGAGAAUCAGAUACCUAAAAAGAGAUUUAACAUGAGGCUCGCACCAGAAGAGGAGUCAUGCAUGCUUACUGGGUUUGUGCACAAUGCUGUGACAUGCAUUGGAAUGAACACAGAUAUACCGGUUAUCAUAGAUGAAGCCAUCACCAAGUUGGAUGAGGAUUUCUUCUGGCUAGGUGGUGGAGAAGUUGACCUCAAGCUUGGGAUGCGGACCUCACAGUUCCUAAAAGCCUUCAAUCCAUUUGUGGUGAACUGCAGUUAAUGAGUAAGAACCACGCGUUCCAUGUAGGUUUACCCAGCCUUGAUCAACGCACUGCCAGUGAGGUACACUAGGCUUUUGCUUGGAUCUGAGGAUGGCAUGUCUGUCUUUUUUGGAGCAGGCGUUUCCCUUCCAGUUGCUCUUCUCACAUUUGUUACACUAUUUACAGCUGACUGUUGGUAAGAUUGAUGUAUCAGAGGGGACAUUCUUGGGAAGAUUGAUAUAAUUGGAGAACAAGUGGGCUUAUACUAUUACUAGGCCCUUUGUAGUUUGGGCCUGAGAGUUGCAAACCAGAGUAACCUCAUAUGAAAUGUGUUAACCAGACAUCUGGCUACAAGACCGAAGUUUGGUUCUGCCUUAUUGCACUCAACAUUUUUUCCCCUUGGAACAUGUUAUCUUAUUUUACAAGUUCAAA